AGAAAGAGAAUAAGAAUAUGAUUAAAGGAGCUUAAGAGAUUAUUUGGACAUGUCAAUAAUAGUGUCAUUGAAGUAAGCUGCUAAACUUCUUAGUACUGAUGAAGUAAAGCAGUGAAAACAACCACGAAAAAAAAGCAGAGAAUCACCAGACUGGCUGUGAGGACAAAGUACCAAUAAAGCAGUCCAAUGCCAAUGAUCAGUAGGGCAUCAAUUUGUCUUUUGAGCUGUAGCACCUGGUACUAAUUGGUGCAAAGAGCUCAGUAAUCCCUGUGUGGUUAGCACAUUCAGCUCUCUCCUGUAUGUGCUGUGAGAAGCAGGACAGCUAAUUGCUGUUGCUUCAGUGCCAGUGAAUCAACAUGCUGAGCUAAUAGCGACAGAUAGAGGGCAGACGGAUUCCUGCUAGCGGCUUAGAGUUAGUUGCUUGUGGUAACUAAGGCAGUUGGCACAUAUCUCAGAACGGGGAGAAAGAAAGAGAGUAUGCCUUCUGGGUUAAUAUGUUGAAGUGUUUUUUUUUUCCUCUAUAAUAUCUUCUUGAUGAUACAAGACUGGAUAUUAAUGCCUCACAGACUCAAGAAGUGUAACAUGUGGACGAAUCAUUUGGACCUAGAUUAUGAACCCUGGUUGUUUUGAAAGGGAUGUUCAGGAGGCAGCCUUGGCAAGAAAACUUGCUGCAUAAUCUUACAUGGGCUAAAGAUGAAACUUUAAACUGAUAGGCCUUGAGUGGAACUCGACAGAAGAUGUUACAACAGUUUUAUCUCUGGAAAUGGUUAGCUUCUGGAAUUUUCCUUGUUUCUUUCUUCACUACAUGUUUUGGCCAGCAUGAUGAUGACUGGCAAUAUGAGGAUUGCAAACUAGCUAGGGGAGGACCACCAGCUACCAUAGUUGCUAUUGAUGAAGAGAGUCGGAAUGGUACCAUUCUGGUGGAUAACAUGCUGAUCAAAGGGACCGCUGGAGGACCAAACCCCACCAUAGAACUCUCUUUAAAGGACAACGUGGAUUACUGGGUGCUGUUGGAUCCUGUUAAGCAAAUGCUUCUCCUGAACAGUACGGGCAGAGUUCUGGAUAGAGAUCCACCAAAUAAUAUACACUCCAUCGUGGUGAAAGUCCAGUGUGUCAACAAAAAAGUGGGCACUGUUAUCUUCCACGAAGUUCGAAUAGUGGUCAGAGACAGGAAUGACAACUCACCUGAAUUCAAGCAUGAAAGCUACUACGCCACAGUGAAUGAGCUCACCCCAGUUGGCACCACGAUAUUUACAGGAUUUUCAGGAGACAAUGGAGCUACAGAUAUAGAUGAUGGCCCAAAUGGACAGAUAGAAUAUGUUAUUCAGUAUAAUCCAGAUGACCCGGCAUCCAAUGAAACCUUUGAAAUUCCCCUCAUGUUGACUGGAAAUGUAGUGUUAAGGAAAAGGCUCAACUAUGAAGAUAAGACACGCUACUUUGUCAUCAUUCAAGCUAAUGAUCGUGCACAAAAUCUGAAUGAAAGGCGAACCACCACCACCACCCUCACAGUGGAUGUGCUGGAUGGAGAUGACUUGGGUCCAAUGUUUCUUCCUUGUGUCCUUGUGCCAAACACUCGUGAUUGUCGUCCAAUCACCUAUCAAGCUGCCAUACCUGAGUUGAGAACUCCGGAAGAACUGAACCCCAUCAUUGUUACUCCACCAAUACAAGCCAUCGACCAGGACCGGGACAUCCAGCCGCCAUCAGAUAGGCCGGGCAUCCUCUUCUCCAUCCUUGUUGGGACUCCUGAGGAUUACCCACGGUUUUUCCAUAUGCAUCCUAGGACUGCAGAACUUAGUCUCCUGGAGCCAGUAAACAGAGACUUUCACCAGAAAUUUGAUUUGGUUAUUAAGGCUGAACAGGACAAUGGCCAUCCUCUUCCUGCCUUUGCCAGUCUACAUAUUGAAAUACUGGAUGAAAACAACCAGGCCCCCUAUUUCACAAUGCCCAGCUAUCAAGGCUAUAUCCUGGAAUCAGCCCCAGUGGGGGCAACCAUUUCUGAAAGUGUCAAUUUGACCACCCCUCUAAGAAUUGUGAUUCUGGACAAGGACAUAGAAGAUACUAAAGACCCAGAGGUUCAGCUUUUUCUGAAUGAUUAUACUUCAGUGUUCACCGUCACGCCGACUGGAAUCACUCGUUUCCUCACCUUGCUUCAGCCAGUGGACCGGGAAGAACAGGACACUUACAUCUUCUCGAUUACAGCCUUUGAUGGUGUGCAAGAAAGUCAGCCAGUUGUUGUCAAUAUUCGAGUGAUGGAUGCAAAUGAUAACACUCCAACCUUCCCUGAAAUAUCCUAUGAUGUCUACGUUUAUACAGAUAUGAGUCCUGGGGAUAGUGUCAUACAGCUCACUGCAGUCGACGCAGACGAAGGUUCAAAUGGGGAGAUCACAUAUGAAAUCCUGGUUGGGGCUAAGGGAGACUUCAUCAUCGAUAAAGAAACAGGGCUUAUCACCAUCGCUCCAGGGGUGGAAUUGAUAGUCGGGCAUACAUACGCGCUCACGGUCCAAGCAUCGGAUAAUGCUCCUCCUGCAGAGAGAAGGCACUCCAUCUGCACUGUGUACAUCGAAGUGCUUCCUCCAAAUAAUCAAAGCCCUCCCCGAUUCCCACAGCUUAUGUACAACCUCGAAGUCAGUGAAGCCAUGAGGGUUGGUGCUGUUUUAGUAAAUUUACAGGCAACUGAUCGAGAAGGAGACCCAAUAACAUAUGCCAUUGAGAAUGGAGAUCCUCAACGAAUGUUCAAUCUUUCAGAAACUACUGGGAUUCUAACCUUAGGGAAAGCACUGGACAGGGAAAGCACCGAUCGCUACAUUCUAAUCGUUACAGCAUCGGAUGGCAGGCCAGAUGGGACCUCAACUGCCACAGUGAAUGUGGUGGUGUCAGACGUCAAUGACAAUGCUCCCAUGUUUGAUCCUUACCUGCCUAGGAAUCUGUCUGUGGUGGAAGAAGAAGCCAACGCCUUUGUGGGUCAAGUGAGGGCAACUGACCCUGAUGCUGGAAUAAAUGGCCAAGUGUACUACAGUUUGGGCAACUUCAAUAAUCUUUUUCGAAUCACAUCCAAUGGGAGUAUUUACACAACAGUGAAGCUUAACAGGGAAGUCAGGGACUACUAUGAACUUGUUGUUGUGGCAACUGAUGGAGCAGUACACCCUCGUCAUUCAACGCUAACACUGGCCAUCAAAGUUUUGGACAUUGAUGAUAAUAGUCCUGUGUUCACCAAUUCUACAUAUACUGUUGUUGUUGAAGAGAAUCUGCCUGCUGGGACCUCCUUCCUUCAAAUAGAGGCCACAGAUGUUGACCUUGGAGCAAACGUGUCUUAUCGAAUAAGAAGCCCAGAAGUGAAACAUAUUUUUGCACUACACCCAUUUACAGGAGAACUCUCCCUUUUAAGGAGUUUGGACUAUGAGUCAUUUCCACCCCAAGAAGCAAGCAUCACUUUUCUAGUGGAGGCCUUUGAUAUUUAUGGGACAAUGCCACCUGGUAUUGCAACUGUCACAGUGAUAGUAAAGGAUAUGAAUGAUUAUCCUCCGGUGUUCAGUAAACGUGUCUACAAAGGGAUAGUGGCUCCAGAUGCUGUCAAGGGUACACCUAUCACAAGCGUUUAUGCUGAAGAUGCAGACCCUCCUGGGUUACCUGCAAGUCGGGUGAGGUAUAGAGUAGAUGAUAUCCAGUCUCCUUAUCCUGCCAGUAUUUUUGAUGUAGAAGAAGAUUCUGGAAGAGUAAUAACUCGCGUCAAUCUUAAUGAAGAACCUACCACCAUUUUUAAGUUGGUGGUCAUUGCAUUUGACGACGGUGAGCCCGUGAUGUCCAGCAGCGCCAUUGUGAAAAUUCUUGUCUUACAUCCUGGAGAGAUUCCACGUUUCACACAAGAGGAAUAUAGGCCUCCUCCAGUAAGUGAACUUGCACCCAGAGGAACUAUGGUUGGUGUAAUUUCUGCUGCAGCCGUCAAUCAGAGUAUCGUGUACUCCAUUGUUGCAGGAAAUGAAGAGGACAAGUUUGGAAUUAAUAACGUCACAGGUGUUAUCUACGUAAACGCCCCUCUGGACUACGAAACAAGGACAAGCUACGUACUGCGAGUCCAAGCUGAUUCCCUGGAAGUGGUCCUCGCCAACCUCCGAGUCCCUUCAAAAAGCAAUACAGCUAAGGUAUAUAUUGAGAUUCAGGAUGAAAAUGAUCAUCCCCCAGUGUUUCAGAAAAAAUUCUACAUUGGAGGUGUAUCUGAAGACGCAAAAAUGUUUUCUUCUGUGCUCAAAGUUAAGGCUACUGAUAAAGAUACUGGCAAUUAUAGUGCCAUGGCAUAUAGACUUAUAAUCCCACCAAUCAAAGAAGAAAAAGAAGGAUUUGUAAUCGAUACAUAUUCAGGGCUUAUCAAAACUGCUAUGCUCUUCCAUAAUAUGAGGAGGUCCUACUUCAAGUUUCAAGUCAUCGCAACUGACGACUAUGGGAAAGGACUAAGCGGCAAAGCAGAUGUACUUGUCUCUGUUGUCAAUCAGCUGGACAUGCAAGUCAUUGUUUCUAAUGUGCCUCCCACUCUGGUGGAAAAAAAGAUAGAAGAGCUUACAGAGAUUUUGGAUCACUAUGUUCAGGAGCAAAUUCCUGGUUCCAAAGUGGUGGUGGAGUCCAUUGGUGCUCGCCGGCAUGGUGAUGCCUUUUCUCUGGAAGAUUACACCAAGUGUGACUUGAUGGUCUAUGCAAUCGACCCCCAAACCAACAGAGCCAUUGACAGAAAUGAGCUUUUUAAAUUUUUAGAUGGCAAACUGCUCGAUAUCAAUAAAGACUUUCAGCCGCAUUAUGGGGAAGGAGGACGCAUCCUGGAAAUCCGGACUCCACAGGCAGUGACCAGCAUUAAAAAACGAGGAGAAAGUCUAGGCUACACAGAAGGGGCCUUGCUGGCUCUGGCCUUCAUCAUUAUCCUCUGCUGUAUUCCUGCCGUCUUGGUGGUUUUGGUCAGCUACAGACAGUUUAAAGUACGCCAAGCUGAAUGCACCAAGACAGCGCGGCUCCAGGCCGCAAUGCCCCCGCCUAAACCAGCAGCUCCUGCCGCUGCACCAGUGGCUGCCCCUCCGCCUCCACCACCUCCGGGUGCACAUCUCUAUGAAGAAGUUGGGGACAGCACAAUGCAUAAUCUUUUUCUUCUCUACCAUUUUCAACAAAGCAGGGGAAAUAAGUCAGUCUCAGAAGACAGGAAACAUCAGGACGUUGUGAUGCCCUUUUCUUCCAAUACUAUUGAGGCUCACAAGCGGGCUUAUGUAGAUGGAUCACUUAAGAACAACCAGCCCAAGUCUAAGAGAAAAUUCACAUUGGCAACUGAUGAGGAUGCCUUAAGUACCCACAAUACCCUUUAUAAUGAAAAUACAGAUCAAAGAUCAACAAAUUCAGACUUUUCAGUAAAAACAGUUUCUGUAGGCUCAUUUUUAUCCAGAACACAAGCCAAAAAUGAGUCUCUGCGGGGUCCAAGAGAAAAAAUUCAAAAGAUGUGGAACCAGACAAUCCGCUUACCUAGGAGAUCAAUGUGGGAGCCUCCCAAUAGAACAGAAACCAUAGAUCUGGAGCAAUGGCGAAGCAACAGGCAGAAAGCUAAAAAUGAAAGCACUGAAACCCAUCCAAACAGAAGAGGUAGCAGUAAUCCCUUGCUUACAACUGAGGAUACAAGUUUCACAGAGAAAGAGGGAAUAAGGGAAGAUGAAUCCCUGGUUUCACAAGGAACAGAACAGAUGAAAUCUCUGUCUUCAGACUCUUUAUUUUCUUCUCCUUGGUCUCAUUCCACAUUCUCUACUUUGCCAACUGUUUCAAGAACUGUGGAACUCAAAUCAGAACCCAAUGCCAUCAUUUCUUCUGCUGAGUGUUCCUUGGAACUUUCUCCUUCAAUGCCAUGCAUUUUAAAUUCUCCUUCCUUUAGGAGAGAGACACCUACUUGUAUGUUGACUAUUGAAACCAAGAGAAACAUUUUCAAAAAUCUUCUGCAUCCACCAAACAUCUCUCCUCCCCCUCCUCCUCUUCUCCCUCCCCCUCCCCCUCCAUCCUUUGCUCCUCCUUCUCUUAUUCUUACACCUUUUUCUCUUUCCUGUACUCCUUCUCCUCCUUCUAAUCCUCCUCCUCUUCCUCCACUUUCUGUUCCCCCUUCUGCUUUGUCUGCUGCUUCUCCUCCUCUACCUCUUCUACCUUCAUGCCCUUCUCUUCCUCCACCACCUCCUCCUCUUCCUUCUUCACUACCUCCUUCAACUUCAGGUGUAUUCACUAAGUGUGUUUGUAUACCAGCUGAUAAAUGCACUGUCAAUAUGACACCAGCCAAGGAAAUAAAGUCCUCUGCAGUACAGCUAUCAACAUCAACAGCAGUGAGUAAUGCAGAUCCUCAAAGAGAACCAAAAGGAAUACUCAAACAUGUUAAAAAUUUAGCGGAACUUGAAAAGUCGGUAGCUAACAUGUACAGUCAAAUAGAAAAAAACUAUCCACCAACACACAUUCCAAAACCUCAAGUUAGUUACCCUUCAGAGAUAAUACAUAUGGAAAUGACAUCCGGACGAAACCAGGAGAAUUUGCACAAUAUUGUUGAGGAAUUUGAAAAACAAUCUCACAGCCAAUCUACUUCACUGUAAUGUUGCUUUUCCUAUUUUAACUGGACAACUGUUUUGUUGAUCACAAUCUUCAAGUGGAGGCAAAUUUGAACAUUAAAGAAGAUUUCAUUUUUUUACCCUAAACUCAGUGCAAUACUGUUUUUACCUCAUUUUUAAUUUAAAAUAUUAUUAACUUCAUCAUUACUAACAUAUAGAUUUUACCUUAUUUUCUUAACUACGAAGUAGCAUUAUUUGUCUACAUUUAUUUAAAAAGUAAGUAAUUUCAAUAUAUUUUUAAUGGGAAUAAAUGGGCAUGAAAGUUAGAUAUUCAAUUGAAACCAUUGACUUGUUUAUCAUGUUAAUGCAGUAACUUUUUCUUUUUCAUCAUAGUUUUAUGUGAGUGAUCCAGGAAAAAUGCAGACUGUUACAGAUAAGCUAAAACUAUAAUAGGUUCUGUUAUUUCCUUGAAGCCUAUGUAUUUGGUGAGAUGAAAUGCUAUCAAAUUAAAAUGUUAUCAAUCUUAAGAUAUAAGAGAUGACAGACAUCAUGGUAUUUCAAAAUAAAUCCCAGGUGCUAUAAGACAUAGUCAUCUAUUUUUCUUAUGAGAGCACCCUUUACUCUGGCUUGCUUUUAUCUUAUAGUAUGUUUAUACAUUUGAUAAACCUUUUACUUUUUUCAAUUGCUGUCUUAUCUAUUUAUUUCUCAUUGUGAUUUCUUUUUUCUUCUUUAUAAUGAAAAUAAAUCUUGAGUUGUUGACUUUUGUAAGACAUUUCAUUGUUUCCACAGAUGUUAAAGUGCUCUUUAAUUUUGCUUGUUCACAUUAUUACAUUAUGUUGUUAAUUAUAAUUUAUUAUAAAAUCCUCUUUCAAA